UAUGUGUGUGCGCUCGUGCACGUUUGUCUAUGUGCGUGGAAAAGCCAAUGGGAUGAAGAGCUGAUAAUAGAUGCAAAUUAUCCCUGAGACCCACUCACACACACACAGACACCGGGGCCAGGAGGAGAGAGAGAAAGAGAGGGGGAGAGCGCGCGCCAGAGAAAACCAGAGAGAGGAGAAGAGAGCGAGAGAAAGAGAGAGAGAGAGAGAGAGAGAGAGAGAGAGAGAGAGGAGGGAGAGGGAGAAAAAAUAUGAAACAACUCAUUUGCGGAGGAGUAAAUCACGGAAAAGCCGUUUGAGAGCGCGACAGGGCUCCCGCUUACAGCGCGAACACCGGAAUUGUGAUGCGCACGAGCUUUUCCUCCUCUACUCCUUCUUCUUCUUCUCCUCCUCCUUCCUCCUGUUUUCCCGUUUCCUCGCUGGAGAUUUUAUGGAAACGGUGUGAUUGUUGUUAUUGUUGUUGUGGUGCUGGUGGUGGCUGUGGCUGCGCUGGCUGCCUGCCGUUACCGUUACUCACAUCGCGACCGGCGCGUCUGUUGUGGCCGUGAGGGGGGGGAAUCACCACAGCGGCGGUGACCGACACUGGCGGCAGACCUGCCUCACUUUGUCCCAGUCUCCCUCUCUGUGUGUCGGUGUCCCUUUGCCUCGAAGCGCACGACAGAAACAAAAAGAAAACAUAACUGAAAGCCGCCGGCCCCACCGUGACUCUACCGAGCCGAACACAAACUGAAACAACAAACAACAACUAAGAUGAGUUCUUAUUUCGUCAACUCGCUCUUCUCUAAAUAUAAAAGCGGGGACUCGUUACGUCCGAACUACUACGAGUGCGGGUUCGCGCAGGACCUGGCCGGCAGCCGGCCCACCGUGGUGUACGGCCCGGGCUCCGGCGCCACCUUCCAGCACGCACCGCAGAUCCAGGACUUCUACCACCACAGCGCCUCCACGCUGCCCAGCAACCCGUACCAGCAGAGCCCCUGCGCGGUCACAUGCCACGGCGAGCCGGGCAACUUCUACGGAUACGACGCCCUGCAGCGACAGACGCUAUUCGGUGCCCAGGACGCGGAUCUGGUCCAAUACAGCGACUGCAAGCUGGGAGGCGCGCCGGGGCUCGGCAGCGAGGACGCGGAGGGCACCGAGCAGAGCCCCUCGCCGACGCAGCUGUUCCCCUGGAUGAGGCCGCAAGUAGCUGCGGGCCGGAGGCGUGGCCGCCAGACCUAUAGCCGCUACCAGACCUUGGAGCUGGAAAAGGAGUUCCUGUUCAACCCCUACCUGACCCGGAAACGCCGCAUCGAGGUGUCACACGCACUGGCGCUGACAGAGAGGCAGGUAAAGAUCUGGUUUCAGAACAGGAGGAUGAAGUGGAAGAAGGAGAACAACAAGGACAAGUUCCCCAGCAGCAAGAGUGAGCAGGAGGCCGUGGAGCGGGAAAGGAGGGAGAAGGAACUGCAUGAGGGCGACGGAAGUGGAGGAAGCGGAAGUGGAGAAGGGGGAGGUGGAGGAGGAGGGGGCUCCGUGGCAGUGGCGGUGGCGGUGGCCGGCACAGCGGGACAACAGGCCCCUGUGAAUGAGGAUUGCUGCGAGAAAACCCACAAGCAAAUGUAGGGAGGAAAGAAAUAGUGGAUUUCAGGGGAUGGGGUGAAGAGGGAAGAGAGAUGGGGGACAAUGAGGUUGUAAAUGUUGGACAUGAAGGGGUGAGGGUGGGUGGGUUGGGGUCGUUGUUUUAUUCUUACUUGAGGCCACUGGACUGCCACGCCGUCUCCAGGAUCCAAUCCACGUGAGGAAACACGAGUUUCCAAAAUGGCGGCUGGUGAGCUGGACGGACUGCAGGGGCCUCGUGCCGCUGUCUGCUGACUGUAGAAGAUGAAAAAAAUGAUGCAAUGAAGCAAGAACACGAACUUGAAAAAAAAUAAAAAAGAUAAAAUUGAUUGGCGGGAGGGGAGGGGUCAAUCCAAGUCAAGCAAACAAAGCCUACUCUAGUGUUAAAAACAAGCAAAAAAAAAAGAAAGAAAAAUUAUAGCUUCAUUUCUUCGUG